AUGGAGCUGGGCCCAGGAGGCCUGAGGGGCUGGGGCGGGGUGGGAGAUGGCGUCCCACCGUGCCCACUUCUUGCCUGGUUCCUGCCCUGCGGGGAGCCGGAGGACCCGGUGUGUGUACCUGAGGGCGAGGGCCGGCGUGGGGCCCCUCCCCAGAGAGCCGGGUGGCAGAGGCUCGCCAGCGCCUCGCGCCCAGGGCUGCUGAUGGAGCGGAGCCGCCAGACCCUUCCAGGCGGGAAGAGGAUGGCCUCCCACCAGGAACCUGACCGCAGGACCCCUCCAGGCGGCUCCCCCCGCACCCCCGCCACGGCAGGCCUUGCUCCUGGGUGGCAGAAGCACCUGUGGCUCCUCCGCGACACACCCCCUGAGAAUGCCACGCUUGCCCGACCUCCUCGCCAGCUGACUCACUAUCAGCUGCCCCUGGCCCCGCCCGCCCUUUCCCACAUGGGGGUCGGCGGACACGUGCUGGACAGCGUGCAUCCAGGCCUGGAGGUGUGGCAGCUCAGCAGCUGCCCUGGCCAGCGUCCCUUCAGCCGGCCCAGCAUCUGCCUGGAGCCAGGGGACCGGCAGGUGGGGUCCCCGGGAGCCAAGGUGGGUGGACACGGCCUCCUCACGCAGAGCCCUUACCUGCCGGGGAGCCAGGUACACCCCUGCGGGACUGACGCCAGCCCAGGGGUGGGUUUUCCCAGCAGUGCCGGCUGCCUCGAGCUGGUGGAGCCCUCUGCCUACCCGGGAGCCCUCUUUGCAGCCAGGGGCCUUCCCCUGCUGUCACCCCACCUCAGGCCGCUCACAGGUUUCCCCUGUCCUGCUGGGGCCCCGGCCUCCCGGCAGCUGCUUUCGGUGCCUGGUGCCCUCAGCCUGGGCCCCUCAGCUGUGCCGGCCUGCUCCGACCUGCUCCGACCUGCUCGUGGGAUGCAGGGUCUUCACCUCGGGGCAAGUUGGGAGGACGUCGGGCUUGUGUCUGGCCGGCAGUUGCAGCCUGAACAGCCAGAUGCAGAAACCGAGGAGGACCACUCUGUGACUGAAGGGUCUGUGGACGCGAUCAUCCGGCCCCGGCCACAAGGGUCCUCGCCUGUCUACGAGUACGUGACUGACGGUGCCAGCUUCGGACUCCCGUCCACACAGGAGGCGACGGGGGGGACACUGAGGACCAAGGUGGAGGCCGGAGCCAGUGGCUACAUGGUGACAGGCGGCGGGGACCAGGGGAUCUUCGUCAAGCAAGUGCUGAAGGAGUCCUCAGCUGCCAAGCUCUUCAGCCUGAGAGAAGGGGAUCAGCUGCUCAGCACAACCAUAUUCUUUGACGACAUUAAAUACGAAGAUGCUCUCAAAAUCCUUCAGUACUCAGAGCCUUACAAGGUUCAGUUCACAAUCAGACGGAAACUUCCUGCCCGGGAGGACGAGCAGGGAGCUUCCGGCAGCGCUCAGUGUGGCUCAAGGGGCAGCAAGGAGCAGGACCAGGAUAUCGCCGACAGGUGCACGGAGACCCCCACGAAGACGCUGCAGGAGGAUGGAGACCGGGAGAGGCUCAUCUCCAAGCCCAGAGAGGGCAGAGGCAGGGAGCCCCAGAGGGAGCGGCUCUCCUGGCCCAAAUUCCAAGCUCUAAAGAGCAAGCGUGGGCCAGGGCCCCGGAGGUCACACAGCUCCUCGGAGGCCUACGAGCGAGGGGGCGUGCCUGACCUGUCCCCCACGAGCACAGACACAGAGGCCCAGCUCCCGGAAGCGGAGCAGGUGCCGAAAGCAGGCCCGGGCAGGCAGCGGAAGAGAAGUUUCCCGAACCUCAGAUUCCGGGUGGGCUCAGGGAAGGGGCUGUCGGGCAGGGGAGCCCACUUUGGGACAGUGCAGGCUGGGGUCCUGGUGGAGACAGGGCCCUGGGAUUCCGGGCGAGAGGCCGCCAGGGCUGCCGCACGUGGCGGGAGAGAGGACAGGACAGCAGGGGUGCCAGAGGACGCCGAGCCCCCCACGGAGCCCGGCCUCCCCAGUGAGGGAGCCCCGGGGGGAGAGGCCGGCCCAGUGCCCAGACAGAGCAGGGAGGGGGCCAGGGAAGGCAUGCAGGUGCUGCAGAGGGGCAUUGCCAGGCUGUCUCUGCCAGACUCAGCAGACCAAGGCAGCCACCAAAACCACCAACCAGAAUUCCACGUCCACAUACCCACUUUAAAGACACCCAAGUUUCGACUUUACAAAGAAAACAUGCUCGAGAAAGAAGGAGCCACGACAGCUCUCCAGUGGGGAGCAUGGCAGAGAAGGGUCUCUGGGGAGGACACGGAGGCCAGAGGGGAGGAUGCGGGUGAAGCAGAGAAGAUGCACAGGACCACACAAUCCCCGGUCCACGUGCCAGCACAAGAGGGACGAGAAACGGAGGAAGACGCAGCGCAGAAGAGAGAAGAGGACAGCGAGGGUGGCGAGCGGCACACAGUGGCGAAGGAGGCGAAGAUGAAAAUGGCCAAGUUCACGCUGCCCUCCUGGGCGUGCUCGCCAGCGAGGGAGGCAAAAGGAGACAAAGCGACACAACUCCGGGAAACAGAGAAGGAAAAGGAGAGCAGCAUCACAGUAGUAACACUAGAGACGGACAUAAAAGGCAAAGAUGGACUAGAGAGAGAGAGCAAGUUCAAAAUGCCCAAGUUCAAGAUGCCGUCCUUUGGGGUGUCGGCGCCCAGCAAGUCCGUCCAGGCCGCUGUGGAGGUGGCCGUGCCCAAGGCCCAGGCCGAGGUGACCCUGCCCUCGGUACAGGCUGACGGCAAGACCAGUGAUCUCAGCAUCGAGCUGCCCUCUGCCGAGCUGGAGGUCAAGGCCGUCGAGGUGGGCGUGAAGCUCCCGGAGGGCCACCUUCCCGAAGCGGAGCCCAAGGAAGCAGCGGCGGGAAUCGGACUCAAGGGCCACCUGCCCAAGGUGCCUGGACCCAGCAUCAAGGUGCCCGAGGUGGACAUCAAAGCCCCCCAGGUGGACAUCAAGGGGCCCAAACAGGCCCUGAAGGAUGCCAAGGGUGAGGUGACAGCCCCUGAUGUGAAGAUGUCACUGCCUUGCCUGGAGGUGGACACCCAGGCCGCGGGCAGCAAGCUGGAGGGUGACGUGUCCCUUGGGCACAAGGAGGUGACCUCCAGAGACAGCAAGUUCAAAAUGCCCAAGUUCAAGAUGCCGUCCUUUGGGGUUUUGGCACCCAGCAAGUCCGUCCAGGCCGCUGUGGAGGUGUCCGUGCCCAAGGCCCAGGCCGAGGUGACCCUGCCCUCGCUGCAGGCCGACGGCAAGACCAGUGAUCUCAGCAUCGAGCUGCCCUCCGCCGAGCUGGAGGUCAAGGCCGCCGAGGUGGGCGUGAAGCUCCCAGAGGGCCACCUUCCCGAAGCGGAGCCCAAGGAAGCAGCGGUGGGAAUCGGACUCAAGGGCCACCUGCCCAAGGUGCCUGUACCCACCAUCAAGGUGCCCGAGGUGGAAAUCAAGCCCCCCCAGGUGGACAUCACGGGGCCCAAACUGGACCUGAAGGAUGCCAAGGUCAAGGUGACGGCCUCCGACGUGGAGGUGUCACUGCCGAGCGUGGAGGUGGACACCCAGGCCGCGGGCAAUAAGCUGGAGGGUGACGUGUCCCUUGGGGACAAGGAGCUGACCUCCAGAGACAGCAAGUUCAAAAUGCCCAAGUUCAAGAUGCCGUCCUUUGGGGUGUCGGCGCCCAUCAAGUCCAAUGAGGCCACUGUGGAGGUUUCCGUGCCCAAGGACCAGGCCGAGGUGACCCUGCCCUCGCUGCAGGCCGAUGUCAAGACCAGUGACCUCAGCAUCGAGCUGCCCUCCGCCGAGCUGGUGGUCAAGGCCGCCAAGGUGGGCGUGAAGCUCCCGGAGGGCCACCUUCCCGAAGAGGAGCCCAAGGAAGCAGCGGGGGGAAUCGGGCUUAAGGGCCACCUGCCCAAGGUGCCUGGACCCAGCAUCAAGGUGCCCGAGGUGGACGUCAAGGCCCCCCAGGUGGACAUCACGGGGCCCAAACAGGACCUGAAGGUCGCCAAGGGUGAGGUGACGGCCCCUGACGUGAAGAUGUCACUGGCUUGCCUGGAGGUGGACACCCAGGCCGCGGGCAGCAAGCUGGCGGGCGACGUGUCCCUUGGGGACAAGGAGCUGACCUCCAGAGACAGCAAGUUCAAAAUGCCCAAGUUCAAGAUGCCGUCCUUCGAGCUGUCGGUGCCCAGCAAGUCCGUCAAAGCCUCCUUGGAAGGGUCUGUGCCCAAGGCCCAGGCCGAGGUGACCCUGCCCUCGCUGCAGGCCGACGUCAAGACCAGUGAUCUCAGCAUCAAGCUGCCCUCCGCCGAGCUGGAGUUCAAGGCCGCUGGAGUGGGCGUGAAGCUCCCAGAGGGCCACCUUCCCGAAGCGGAGCCCAAGGAAGCAGCGGCGGAAAUCGGGCUCAAGGGCCACCUGCCCAAGGUGCCUGGACCCAGCAUCAAGGUGCCCGAGGUGGACAUCAAGGCCCCCCAGGUGGACAUCACGGGGCCCACACUGGACCUGAAGGAUGCCAAGGUCAAGUUGACGGCCUCUGACAUGGAGGUGUCACUUCCCAGGGUGGAGGUGGACACCCAGGCCGCCGGCAGCAAGCUGGAGGGUGACGUGUCCCUUGGGGACAAGGAGCUGACCUCCAGAGACAGCAAGUUCAAAAUGCCCAAGUUCAAGAUGCCGUCCUUUGGGCUUUCGGCGCCCAGCAAGUCCGUCCAGGCCGCUGUGGAAGUUUCCGUGCCCAAGGACCAGGCCGAGGUGACCCUGCCCUCGCUGCACGCUGAUGGCAAGACCAGUGACCUCAGCAUUGAGCUGCCCUCUGCCGAGCUGGAGGUCAAGGUUGCCAAAGUGGGCGUAAAGCUCCCGGAGGGCCACCUUCCCGAAGCGGAGCCCAAGGAAGCAGCAACAAGAAUGGGACUCAAGGGCCACCUGCCCAAGGUGCCUGGACCCAGCAUCAAGGUGCCCGAGGUGGACAUCAAGGCCCCCCAGGUGGACAUCACGGGGCCCAAACUGAACCUGAAGGAUGCCAAGGUCAAGGUGACGGCCUCCGACAUGGAGGUGUCGCUGCCCAGUGUGGAGGUGGACACCCAGGCCACGGGCAGCAAGCUGGAGGGUGACGUGUCCCUUGGGGACAAGGAGGUGACCUCCAGAGACAGCAAGUUCAAAAUGCCCAAGUUCAAGAUGCCGUCCUUUGGGCUUUCGGCGCCCAGCAAGUCCGUCCAGGCCGCUGUGGAGGUGUCCGUGCCCAAGGCCCAGGCCGAGGUGACCCUGACCACGGUGCAGGCCGACGGCAAGACCAGUGAUCUCAGCAUCGAGCUGCCCUCUGCCGAGCUGGAGGUCAAGGCCGCCGAGGUGGGCGUGAAGCUCCCAGAGGGCCACCUUCCCGAAGCGGAGCCCAAGGAAGCAGCGGCGGGAAUCGGGCUUAAGGGCCACCUGCCCAAGGUGCCUGUACCCACCAUCAAGGUGCCCGAGGUGGAAAUCAAGCCCCCCCAGGUGGACAUCACGGGGCCCAAACUGGACCUGAAGGAUGCCAAGGUCAAGGUGACGGCCUCCGACGUGGAGGUGUCACUGCCGAGCGUGGAGGUGGACACCCAGGCCGCGGGCAAUAAGCUGGAGGGUGACGUGUCCCUUGGGGACAAGGAGCUGACCUCCAGAGACAGCAAGUUCAAAAUGCCCAAGUUCAAGAUGCCGUCCUUUGGGGUGUCGGCGCCCAUCAAGUCCAAUGAGGCCACUGUGGAGGUUUCCGUGCCCAAGGACCAGGCCGAGGUGACCCUGCCCUCGCUGCAGGCCGAUGUCAAGACCAGUGACCUCAGCAUCGAGCUGCCCUCCGCCGAGCUGGUGGUCAAGGCCGCCAAGGUGGGCGUGAAGCUCCCGGAGGGCCACCUUCCCGAAGAGGAGCCCAAGGAAGCAGCGGGGGGAAUCGGGCUUAAGGGCCACCUGCCCAAGGUGCCUGGACCCAGCAUCAAGGUGCCCGAGGUGGACGUCAAGGCCCCCCAGGUGGACAUCACGGGGCCCAAACAGGACCUGAAGGUCGCCAAGGGUGAGGUGACGGCCCCUGACGUGAAGAUGUCACUGGCUUGCCUGGAGGUGGACACCCAGGCCGCGGGCAGCAAGCUGGCGGGCGACGUGUCCCUUGGGGACAAGGAGCUGACCUCCAGAGACAGCAAGUUCAAAAUGCCCAAGUUCAAGAUGCCGUCCUUCGAGCUGUCGGUGCCCAGCAAGUCCGUCAAAGCCUCCUUGGAAGGGUCUGUGCCCAAGGCCCAGGCCGAGGUGACCCUGCCCUCGCUGCAGGCCGACGUCAAGACCAGUGAUCUCAGCAUCAAGCUGCCCUCCGCCGAGCUGGAGUUCAAGGCCGCUGGAGUGGGCGUGAAGCUCCCAGAGGGCCACCUUCCCGAAGCGGAGCCCAAGGAAGCAGCGGCGGAAAUCGGGCUCAAGGGCCACCUGCCCAAGGUGCCUGGACCCAGCAUCAAGGUGCCCGAGGUGGACAUCAAGGCCCCCCAGGUGGACAUCACGGGGCCCACACUGGACCUGAAGGAUGCCAAGGUCAAGUUGACGGCCUCUGACAUGGAGGUGUCACUUCCCAGGGUGGAGGUGGACACCCAGGCCGCCGGCAGCAAGCUGGAGGGUGACGUGUCCCUUGGGGACAAGGAGCUGACCUCCAGAGACAGCAAGUUCAAAAUGCCCAAGUUCAAGAUGCCGUCCUUUGGGCUUUCGGCGCCCAGCAAGUCCGUCCAGGCCGCUGUGGAAGUUUCCGUGCCCAAGGACCAGGCCGAGGUGACCCUGCCCUCGCUGCACGCUGAUGGCAAGACCAGUGACCUCAGCAUUGAGCUGCCCUCUGCCGAGCUGGAGGUCAAGGUUGCCAAAGUGGGCGUAAAGCUCCCGGAGGGCCACCUUCCCGAAGCGGAGCCCAAGGAAGCAGCAACAAGAAUGGGACUCAAGGGCCACCUGCCCAAGGUGCCUGGACCCAGCAUCAAGGUGCCCGAGGUGGACAUCAAGGCCCCCCAGGUGGACAUCACGGGGCCCAAACUGAACCUGAAGGAUGCCAAGGUCAAGGUGACGGCCUCCGACAUGGAGGUGUCGCUGCCCAGUGUGGAGGUGGACACCCAGGCCACGGGCAGCAAGCUGGAGGGUGACGUGUCCCUUGGGGACAAGGAGGUGACCUCCAGAGACAGCAAGUUCAAAAUGCCCAAGUUCAAGAUGCCGUCCUUUGGGCUUUCGGCGCCCAGCAAGUCCGUCCAGGCCGCUGUGGAGGUGUCCGUGCCCAAGGCCCAGGCCGAGGUGACCCUGACCACGGUGCAGGCCGACGGCAAGACCAGUGAUCUCAGCAUCGAGCUGCCCUCUGCCGAGCUGGAGGUCAAGGCCGCCGAGGUGGGCGUGAAGCUCCCAGAGGGCCACCUUCCCGAAGCGGAGCCCAAGGAAGCAGCGGCGGGAAUCGGGCUUAAGGGCCACCUGCCCAAGGUGCCUGUACCUACCAUCAAGGUGCCCGAGGUGGAAAUCAAGCCCCCCCAGGUGGACAUCACGGGGCCCAAACUGGACCUGAAGGAUGCCAAGGUCAAGGUGACGGCCUCCGACGUGGAGGUGUCACUGCCGAGCGUGGAGGUGGACACCCAGGCCGCGGGCAAUAAGCUGGAGGGUGACGUGUCCCUUGGGGACAAGGAGCUGACCUCCAGAGACAGCAAGUUCAAAAUGCCCAAGUUCAAGAUGCCGUCCUUUGGGGUGUCGGCGCCCAUCAAGUCCAAUGAGGCCACUGUGGAGGUUUCCGUGCCCAAGGACCAGGCCGAGGUGACCCUGCCCUCGCUGCAGGCCGAUGUCAAGACCAGUGACCUCAGCAUCGAGCUGCCCUCCGCCGAGCUGGUGGUCAAGGCCGCCAAGGUGGGCGUGAAGCUCCCGGAGGGCCACCUUCCCGAAGAGGAGCCCAAGGAAGCAGCGGGGGGAAUCGGGCUUAAGGGCCACCUGCCCAAGGUGCCUGGACCCAGCAUCAAGGUGCCCGAGGUGGACGUCAAGGCCCCCCAGGUGGACAUCACGGGGCCCAAACAGGACCUGAAGGUCGCCAAGGGUGAGGUGACGGCCCCUGACGUGAAGAUGUCACUGGCUUGCCUGGAGGUGGACACCCAGGCCGCGGGCAGCAAGCUGGCGGGCGACGUGUCCCUUGGGGACAAGGAGCUGACCUCCAGAGACAGCAAGUUCAAAAUGCCCAAGUUCAAGAUGCCGUCCUUCGAGCUGUCGGUGCCCAGCAAGUCCGUCAAAGCCUCCUUGGAAGGGUCUGUGCCCAAGGCCCAGGCCGAGGUGACCCCGCCCUCGCUGCAGGCCGACGUCAAGACCAGUGAUCUCAGCAUCAAGCUGCCCUCCGCCGAGCUGGAGUUCAAGGCCGCUGGAGUGGGCGUGAAGCUCCCAGAGGGCCACCUUCCCGAAGCGGAGCCCAAGGAAGCAGCGGCGGAAAUCGGGCUCAAGGGCCACCUGCCCAAGGUGCCUGGACCCAGCAUCAAGGUGCCCGAGGUGGACAUCAAGGCCCCCCAGGUGGACAUCAAGGCCCCCCAGGUGGACAUCACGGGGCCCAAACUGAACCUGAAGGAUGCCAAGGUCAAGGUGACGGCCUCCGACAUGGAGGUGUCGCUGCCCAGUGUGGAGGUGGACACCCAGGCCACGGGCAGCAAGCUGGAGGGUGACGUGUCCCUUGGGGACAAGGAGGUGACCUCCAGAGACAGCAAGUUCAAAAUGCCCAAGUUCAAGAUGCCGUCCUUUGGGCUUUCGGCGCCCAGCAAGUCCGUCCAGGCCGCUGUGGAGGUGUCCGUGCCCAAGGCCCAGGCCGAGGUGACCUUGACCACGGUGCAGGCCGACGGCAAGACCAGUGAUCUCAGCAUCGAGCUGCCCUCUGCCGAGCUGGAGGUCAAGGCCGCCGAGGUGGGCGUGAAGCUCCCAGAGGGCCACCUUCCCGAAGCGGAGCCCAAGGAAGCAGCGGCGGGAAUCGGGCUUAAGGGCCACCUGCCCAAGGUGCCUGUACCCACCAUCAAGGUGCCCGAGGUGGACAUCAAGGCCCCCCAGGUGGACAUCACGGGGCCCAAACUGGACCUGAAGGACGCCAAAGGUGAGGUGACAGCCCGUGACGUGAAGAUGUCACUGCCUAGCCUGGAGGCGGACACCCAGGCUGUGGGCAGCAAGCUGGCGGGCGACGUGUCCCAUGGGGACAAGGAGGUGGCCGCCAGAGACAGCAAGUUCAAAAUGCCCAAGUUCAAGAUGCCCUCCUUCGAGCUGUCAGUGCCCAGCAAGUCCGUCAAAGCCUCCUUGGAAGGGUCUGUGCCCAAGGCUCAGGCCAAGGUGACCCUGCCUUCGCUGCAGGCCGACGUCAAGACCAGUGACCUCAGCAUCGAGCUGCCCUCUGCCGAGCUGGAGGUCAAGGCCUCCAAGGUGGGCGUGAAGUUCCCGGAGGGCCACCUUCCCGAAGUGGAGCCCAAGGAAGCAGCGGGGGGAAUCGGGCUUAAGGGCCACCUGCCCAAGGUGCCUGGACCCAGCAUCAAGGCCCCCCUGGUGGACAUCACGGGGCCAAAACUGGACCUGAAGGAUGCCAAGGGUGAGGUGACAGCCCCUGAUGUGAAGAUGUCACUGGCUUGCCUGGAGGUGGACACCCAGGCCGCGGGCAGCAAGCUGGAGGGUGACGUGUCCCUUGGGCACAAGGAGGUGACCUCCAGAGACAGCAAGUUCAAAAUGCCCAAGUUCAAGAUGCCGUCCUUUGGGGUUUUGGCACCCAGCAAGUCCGUCCAGGCCGCUGUGGAGGUGUCCGUGCCCAAGGCCCAGGCCGAGGUGACCCUGCCCUCGCUGCAGGCCGACGUCAAGACCAGUGAUCUCAGCAUCGAGCUGCCCUCCGCCGAGCUGGAGGUCAAGGUCGCCAAAGUGGGCGUGAAGCUCCCGGAGGGCCACCUUCCCGAAGCGGAGCCCAAGGAAGCAGCGGCGGGAAUCGGACUCAAGGGCCACCUGCCCAAGGUGCCUGGACCCAGCAUCAAGGUGCCCGAGGUGGACAUCAAGGCCCCCCAGGUGGACAUCAAGAGGCCUAAACAGGACCUGAAGGACGCCAAGGGUGAGGUGACGGCCCCUGACGUGAAGAUGUCACUGGCUUGCCUGGAGGUGGACACCCAGGCUGUGGGCAGCAAGCUGGCGGGAGACGUGUCCCUUGGGGACAAGGAGGUGGCCGCCAGAGACAGCAAGUUCAAAAUGCCCAAGUUCAAGAUGCCGUCCUUCGAGCUGUCGGUGCCCAGCAAGUCCGUCAAAGCCUCCUUGGAAGGGUCUGUGCCCAAGGCCCAGGCCGAGGUGACCCUGCCCGCGGUGCAGGCCGACGUCAAGACCAGUGACCACAGCAUCAAGCUGCCCUCCGCCGAGCUGGAGUUCAAGGCCGCUGGAGUGGGCGUGAAGCUCCCAGAGGGCCACCUUCCCGAAGUGGAGCCCAAGGAAGCAGCGGCGGAAAUCGGGCUCAAGGGCCACUUGCCCAAGUUGCCUGGACCCAGCAUCAAGGUGCCCGAGGUGGACAUCAAGGCCCCCCAGGUGGACAUCACGGGGCCCACACUGGACCUGAAGGAUGCCAAGGUCAAGGUGACGGCCUCCGACGUGGAGGUGACGCUGCCGAGCGUGGAGGUGGACACCCAGGCCGCCGGCAGUAAGCUGGAGGGUGCCGUGUCCCUUGGGGACAAGGAGCUGACCCCCAGAGACAGCAAGUUCAAAAUGCCCAAGUUCAAGAUGCCGUCCUUUGGGGUGUCGGCGCCCAGCAAGUCCAGUGCGGCCACUGUGGAGGUGUCCGUGCCCAAGGCCCAGGCCGAGGUGACCCUGCCCUCGCUGCAGGCCGACGUCAAGACCAGUGACUGCAGCAUCGAGCUGCCCUCCGCCGCGCUGGAGGUCAAGGCCGCCGAGGUGGGCGUGAAGCUCCCGGAGGGCCACCUUCCCGAAGUGGAGCCCAAGGAAGCAGCGGAGGGAAUCGGACUCAAGGGCCACUUGCCUAUGGUGCCUGGACCCAGCAUCAAGGUGCCCCAGGUGGACAUCAAGGGGCCCAAACAGGACCUGAAGGUCGCCAAGGGUGAGGUGACGGCCCCUGACGUGAAGAUGUCACUGGCUUGCCUGGAGGUGGACACCCAGGCCGCGGGCAGCAAGCUGGCGGGCGACGUGUCCCUUGGGGACAAGGAGGUGGCCGCCAGAGACAGCAAGUUCAAAAUGCCCAAGUUCAAGAUGCCGUCCUUUGGGGUGUCGGGGCCCAGCAAGUCCAUCCAGGCCACUGUGGCGGUUUCCGUGCCCAAGGCCCAGGCCGAGGUGACCCUGCCCUCGCUGCAGGCCGACGUCAAGACCAGUGACCGCAGCAUCGAGCUGCCCUCCGCCGAGCUGGAGGUCAAGGCCGCCGAGGUGGGCGUGAAGCUCCCGGAGGGCCACCUUCCCGAAGCGGAGCCCAAGGAAGCAGCGGCGGGAAUCGGACUCAAGGGCCACCUGCCCAAGGUGCCUGGACCCAGCAUCAAGGUGCCCGAGGUGGACAUCAAGGUCCCCCAGCCUGCCUCUCUGUCUCCUGCCGAGGGCAUCAUACUUACAAAAUACCAGGUGACUGUCCCCAGAGCCGCCAGCCCUGCGGAGCUCCCUCCGGAAGCAGCCCCUUGUUUCCAGAACGAUGCCCAUCUUCCCAGCAUGGAAAUUGCUGCCCGUCUCCCAACCCCGGAGAGCGUUGCAGGGUCCCAGGCUGACAGUUCCGCAGGCCCCGUGGACCCCACGUAUCUGGCAUCGUAUGGUCGGGUGAGUUUUCCUAAGUUUCAUCCACCAAAGUUCGGGUUUUCUGUCCCAGAAGCAGCCGAUGCGGAGGUGGAGGCCGGUGCCGGGGAUUGUGGCCCCUCUCUAUCGACUGCUGGCCCUGCCCGGGGCCUGGACUCCACGGCCGUGCUGCGCGGCGCAGGGCCGUCGGCAGUGGCUGCAGGUGAGACCCCAGCUAAAGAUACUGAACGUGGAGGGAAAGACAGUCCCUUGAGAACGCCGUGGAUCAAGCUUCCGUCAUUCAGGCGGUCCCCAAAGAAGGGGGCGGUGCCCCCAGGGGACCCUGAACGCGGCCUGGACGACGCAGAACUCGGCGUGGCUGUGGACACGGGUCACAAGGGCGUGGCCCCUGGGUGUCGUGUGUCUGCAGUGGAGGUGGCUGUGGACGCGCUUCCGGAGAAGGACGGAGAGGAGAGAGGCGUGAAGUCGCCUGGCUGCGCUGUGCUGGAACACGCGCCUCUCACAGUGCCCGCUCCGGAGGGAGGGCCCAGCCUGCCACGGGGACACCCCGCUGCUCCACGCUCUAGGCCCCCGGCGGGGCGUGGCGCUCGCGCCACAGAGAGGGCUAGUGGUGAGGUUGGUGCUGGGGGCACCGGCACGGUGGUCGGCCCCCCAGAAGGAGCGGACGUGGACCCCCAUCUGCCACAGGCCCACGCUCCCCUUCUUGACUUUGCCAGAUCCGACCUCAGACCCAGCAAGGCCAAGGUGGGGGUGAGUUCGUCAGCUGGUGGCCCUCCGUCUCUGGGACACAGCAGCCGAGGGCACGGGCUUCGGGACGGCUCGGCAAGCCAGCCUCUCGGCGAGGCAACGGCGCCCUCAGUAGGAGACCCCCAGCAGCUGCCCUGCAGCCCAGCAGAUGUGGACUCUCCCGCGGUGGACAGCGCGGCCUCGCAGGGGGGCUGGUUCAGGACGCCCGCGCUCCGCCUUCCCGGCACCCGGCGCCCCGCCAAGGAGACGGGGGCGGCUGGGGCUCCCGCGCCUGCUGCCAGCGCACUGAGGGAAGGAGAAAGGCCAGCUCCGGUCAGGGGUCAGGGGGUUCCUGGGUCAGAGGCGGAAGAAGCUAUGUCCCUGCAGCCCCCAAAGGCAGGGGCAAUCGAGGCAGCUGCGGAGCUGGCGUCCUACGCAGACACAGGCGUUCUAAAGAGAGACCUUGAGGACCAAGGCUCAGCGCCGCACCUCUCCCCUGCAGGGGUGCCCGCUGUGGACCUUUCCCCUUCCGAGGUCAGGGUCCGUCCAGGCGAAGGCUCCCUCCCUCUUCAGAUGCCCAGCGGCAGACUUUCAGGAACCCAGGCUCCUCCGGGAGAAAUGGGCACGGCUCCUCCUGCUAGGCCUGCAGGACUGGACCUUGCUGCGGGGGAGAGGAGGGCAGAGGAGUGGUCCUCCCAGCCUGAAGGCCCCGUUAAACUGAAGGCGUCCAGGACCGACGGGCCGUCCCAGGUUUCUGUCGUUAAUGCGGGUCAGCCCUGGGAAGGCUCCGUGGUAGCUGUCAAACUGCCCCGGUUAAGCGUGCCAGGGUUCGCCUUUCCUGACCCCAGCUCCGAGGCCGACAUCUUUAUCCCCGCCGUGACAGAAGUGCGGUGCCCAGGGAGCAGCCUUGCCCACGCCCUGCAAGAGGAAAGCCCGGGCGUCUGGGGUGCCAGCAUCCUGAAGGCAGGCGCUGGGAGCCCCGGGGAGCAGCCCGUGGCCCGUGACUUCUCCCCGGAAGCUUCCCCCAUGGCCAAGGUCAGAGCGCACGCUCAGCGUGCGCAGGGAGAGAGCCCCAAGGUCGCCGUCCACAGCGGGGUGACGGCAGAGUUGGCCGCCCCGUCGGGACCCGAGGCUAUUUCCGCCCAGGUCGUGCGGCAGUUGGAGAUCUCCGCGUCCGAGAUCCAAAGGGCUUCUUAUGGAUUCUCAUUGCUCAAGGUGAAGAUGCCAGAGCCCUGUGCACAGGUGAAUGUCCGAGACUCCCGGCUGAGGGAGGGCCUGCAGGAGGCUCCCAAGCAAGCUGCCCCGGGAGCAGAGCCCACCUCGGGAGAUCUGCAUCCGGACACCGGAGAACCGUUGGAAGUGAUCUCAUCCAGCGUCAGUGUGCCUGGACGGCCAACAUUCACGCCCAAAGUGCACUCUGGCCACCAGCGUGCCGCCGACAGCUGCUCCGACGACGACGAGGCUGCAGAAGUUCUCGAAUUUCCCCCCGAAGAAGACAGGGGAGAGGCAGCUGCCUCCCUGGCAGAGGAAGACUGGCUUCCAAGAGAGAAACCAGAAGGUAAAAGAUCUUCUGGUCCGUUCAGGUUUUGGCUUCCGAACAUUGGGUUUUCUUCCUCUGCUGAAGAGCCCCGCGCUGAUUCCAAUGAUGACGCCCGCGCAGCGGCGGCCGACCAGACCCAGCCCGGGGCGCGGCCCGAGGCAGAGCUACCUAAGAAGCCCCAGAAGGCGGGCUGGUUUCGAUUUCUCACAUUAGGGCUUUCCUCCUCUCCCGCCAAGAAAAGCGAAAGCUCUGAAGACGAGGCGGCUCUGGCAGAGCAAAACCCCCAAGAACAAGCAGUCACGUUCUUUGAUGCCCCAGAAAGCCUCUCCCCAGAGGACGAGGGGGACGGCGAGCCGGUGGAGACCGCGGGCGCCAGGCCGGGCGCCAGAGCGACGGCCACGUCCACAGCGAGGACGGAGCUGGUCCUGCUGGAGCGGAACCCGGAGGGCGGGACGAACCUGCACCCGGACCCGCCGCCGGGAGAGGACAGACGACGGACAGACGCGAGGAGGCCCUGCGAAGCUCCCACCGCGAGGACGCGUGUGUCCACCCCGAUCCACAGCACCGAGAGCGAAGCAGAGAUGCCUGAGAGCGGUGGGGCCCCACCCUCACGCGGCCCUCCCAACGUGGGGCCCCAAACGUGCCGGCCCCCCAGAGCCUCGACGGCAGAGGCAGCCUCUGGACUCCCCACAGGAGCCCGGCCCCACACAGGGUCCUGCGCUCCUGAGGAUCUUCGUUAGACACACGUUACUGGAGACCCCUGCCCGCGAGGCCCUCGAGAACGCAACUGCUGCUUGGAGAAGGGGCUGUGACGGCCGCGGGUGCUGAGGUC